AUGGCAGAUCACGUUGCUCCUCACCCCCGUCCUGGAGAUCGCUCGCGCGACGACGGAAAGGAGCUGAGGCUCCUCCACUUCAUCUACGGCCAACCAGAUCUCGAUGAGAUCCGGGGUAACCCCCAACGGGUCCUCGAUCUCAUCCACAAAUUCGAAGAGACAACCCGCCUCUCCAUGAACGUGGGAGCCGGAAAGGGCAAGGUCAUGACCGACCUCAUCGCCCAAGUCAAGCCGCAGACCAUGAUCGAACUGGGCGGCUACGUUGGCUACUCCGCGAUCCUCUUCGGCGAUGCCGUGCGCCGCGCCGGCGGCAAGCGGUAUUUUAGCCUCGAGCUGAACCCCGAGUUCGCCGCGAUCGCCAACAUGCUGAUCGAGCUGGCGGGGCUGCGCGACUUCGUGCGCAUCAUCAUCGGCCGAAGCGACCGGUCCUUGCACAAGCUGUUCACCAGCGGGGAGGUCACGCAGAUCGAGCUUAUGUUCCUCGACCACUACAAGCCCGCCUACACGACGGACCUGAUGCUGUGCGAGCAACUCGGCAAGAUCAUCCCCGGGGUCUCGGUCCUGGCGGCGGAUAAUGUCUUGCGGCCGGGUAACCCGCCGUAUCUGGAGUAUGUGCGCAGCACGGUGGAGCAGAAGCGUGAAGCCGCGAAGAAGGGCCCGGUUACGAGCUACAACAAAGAGGGCAUUCCGCAGCGGUUGGUCGAAUCCUUCCUGGGGGAUGAGGAUAGGCCGAGUUUUGAGAUGCUCGGGAACCCGAAUCUAGUGUACGAGAGUACCCUGCACCAACCUGAGGGUCUGCAGGAUGCUAUUGAGGUGACCCGCUGUGUUAGGAUUAGAGAGUAG